UGUUUACAAAUGGAGGACACCGAGGCGGCAAGAUUUAACAUGUCAUAGAAAAAGACGAUGAUUUCAUGCCAUUCCAUAACAUUAUAAGACAAUGACGGAUCAGUUCGGUACCAUAACCUGGUGGGGAUUCACUCCAGCUUUGGAUUUGCAAGAUACAGAUACAAUCUCAGCUCUGAACAAUUUGAAACUAGAUACAGAUGAAGGAAAAGAUACAUUGAACAUACUUUUGAUUGGAGCAGGUGAUAUCAGACAUGUUUUACAAACCAUCGCCAGAUCAUAUAGACACAAAAAACGGAAAAUACAUUUCUACAUCAUUGAAACACAAUGUGAACUUUACUGCAGAGACUUGUUGUUUAUGUCAUUGUUUCUGGAACCACAAAACAGAAUGGGUUUACAAGAGAAAACAGAACUAUUUUUAGAACUAUAUGGGAAUUUACUUGUAAGGCAGCAGUCCAUGGAAUAUGUACAGAAGAUGUCAAAUGAAAUGAUUAAGAUGGUUACAGAUUUUGAUUACUUAGAGAAAAAGUUACCCUGUAUAGAUUUAUCACAAUUGAAGUUUAAAGAAAGAGAUUUCAUGGAAGGAAUAUUUAAAUUUUGGAGAAAUCCUGAUCCAAAGCUUUUUGACGUUGAAAAAAUGUGGGACUUACGAUUACAAAGAGAUUUAGGAGUACGAUAUGAUACAAGAGAUAAUGUAUUUGACUGGGACUAUCACAUGAGAUUAGUAGAAAGAGAGGGAGAUAUCAUACAUGCACGAGAAUACAAGAAUUGGAGGAAAUAUGGUAUAGCCUAUGAACCAAGAGACGGAAAUUAUGAUGUACCUAACAGAACCCUGGCAUCUGGUGUUCUUGUUAAACAUGAAGGAGAGAGGUUUGCCAAGCGAGGAUUCUGGGGUGAUAUGUUAGUUAGCCCAUAUAUUACCUUUGGUUUACAGUCAGAGGAUAAAACAUUGUUUAAAAAGAAUAAUAAUAUGUAUGCUAAACUGUCAUGGCAUGUGUCAGAGUUCAAUAUUCUGUCUUUGUUACACGAAAUAAUUAACAAAGAGAAAUAUGUACCACCACAAAUUGAAGAAACGAAAGAAAAUAAAACUGCAACUAUAACAGAAAUUAUAGAAGAAGAGGAAAAUGAGGUAGAUAAUAAAGAAAAAUCUGACAGCACUGAGACUGCAUCACAAUCUAGUCCUGCUAAAGAUGAAUAUGAAUCGUUGCCAUUGGAUGAUGUAAAGAUAACAUUUUUACCCGUAAUGUCAGUAGCAGAUCUCUCAAGAAAAAGCAAAUAUCAAAAACUGUUUGACAUCGUUUAUUUCUCUAACAGUCUGGUACAUCUGCUUACCAGUGACUUGACACCAAUAUAUGCUGAUGCUGCUACAAUUAUUGCUGAGUCAGCACGAUACAUGCUUCAGUUAAAAGAUGACAAAGUAGAGGAAUUUUUCCAGAAAGUCAAAGGCAUGGCAGAAAAGGCUGGUUGUCAGGUCUAUGAAGUGGACGAACCAAAAAAAGAGAAUUAUCUUAAGUUCACAUAUAGAAGACAAGAAACAAGUUAAUAUUUAUACUGUCUGUAUAUUGGUACACAUCAGAGAUAUCUAGUUUAUUUACUUUUUUUGUAUCUUCCACAUUCCAUAGUCAAGAUGAACAUUUCAUUGACUGGAUUAAAAUGUGACACCUUACAUUUAAGGACAAAUUUGUACUGGUUACAAAGACAAUGACUUUAAGCUAUGCUGUUAAUCCAGAAGAAAUGGGGCAGUGCAAGAAGUGUAAUGAAUUGUGUCUAUUUUUAACAUAAAAGAGUUAUUAUUGU